AUGUACGUGACUAGAGGAUUGGCUAGCCUUAUCUGGCUUUUAGCCAUGAUUGCGCUGGUGGUGAAUGCUGCUAGUGUAUAUGGAAUUUUUACAGGGUUAAGCUCCAUUACCAAUGUAGCGAGUACAAGUCCUUUGAUACCACAGUCCCCAAUUUGGCAGGCUACAGUUUCGUGGACAUUGGAUAGUAGCAAAGUAAAAACCGGAGAUACGUUUACUUUGAACAUGCCAUAUGUGUUCAAAUUCUUAAAUGAUUCUCAAACGACUGCUUACCUUUCAGUGGGUUCCACGAAUUAUGCGAGCUGUAAUUUAUUUGCAGGAGGGAUGAUUGUUGAUUAUUCGGAACUCCAAUGUACUGUGUUGAGCCCUAUAUCUACAAUACUAUCAGUGAGUGGCUCAGUAACUUAUGGUGUAUCAUUCCAGGCAGGUUAUGGGUCACGCCAGUUAGAUUUAGAUGCUGGAAGUAUAUUCACUGCAGGCACUAAUACAAUUACCUGGAAUGAUGGUCGGAAUCUGUUGUCAACUACAGUUACGUUUGCUGCAGGGAGACUGAAUAAUCCCUCUUCAUUGAGCGCAAGCGCAAUUAAUUAUGCUCUCCGUACCAUUCCCAAUUUUCAGCUUAAGCAGAGUCUUUUGGUAGGUGGUAGUUGUCCUAACGGUAUCUCUUCAGGUACUUUAGGAAUUCAAAUUACUGAAGGUGGUACUAUAGACUGUUCAACAGUAAAUAUUGCAAUGUCUAACAACCUUAAUGACUGGUACCUUGCAGAAUCUGCUACAUCACUUGCAUAUUCGGGAUCAUGCAGUUCAUCUCUGUACACUGUUAGUUACACUGAUGUACCUGCAGGCUAUAGGGCUAUCAUGGAUGGGUUUAUUGUUCCUUCUCUGGAUGGUAAGAAUACAGUCAUCGCAUACACCAAUACUUAUAAAUGUGUUGGAGCUACGACUACAACAUCUUCCGGUAUUAAAGUUUCAUGGUCUCCUUACGUGGCUGUGGCUGGUGGAUCAAAUGGAAAUGCUGUCCAAUUGUUAACCCGAACUUGGACAAAUUCCUAUACACAAGUUACUACGUUACCGUUUUCUACGGCGCUGGGGAAUACAGAAACAAUUGUAGUCAAUGUUCCAAUUCCAACAACAACGGUGACGCUGACAUGGUUAAGUUCCAUCACUAAGACAACAACUAGUACGGCCACAAUCGGUGGUACCGCGAAAGUGGAGAUUGAUGUUCCCAUUCCAACAACAACAGUGACAACUACAUGGACAGGAUCAAUAUCGACUAGAAGCACCAUCACAGGUACUAUUGGAGGAACCGCAACUGUUCUUGUCGAACUACCCACCCCAACUACCACGGUCACAUCUACGUGGACAAGGUCUCAAACUUCUUCGACAACUGUCACAGCGUCAACAGGUGGCUCAGCUACAGUAAUCAUUGAAGUGCCAACCCCUACUACCACUCUCACCUCCACUUGGACUGGAAGUAAUACUCAAACCACAACCAUCACAGCGACAAAGGGUGGCACUAAUACCGAAAUUGUCCAGGUACCUACCCCAACUAGAACUACAACAUCGACAUGGACAGGCACUGGAAUCUCUACUACAACAACUACAUCUGGAGGAACUGCUAUUGUUAUAGUUGACGUUCCUACCCCCACAACUACUGUAACUAGUACAUGGACAGGUACUGGUACCGAGACCACCACGGUGACUGCCUCUGAAGGUGGUACUGCUACCGUUAUUAUUGAGGUUCCUACUCCUACCAGUACUAUUACGAGCACUUGGACAGGAAGUGAUACUCAAUCAACUACUAUCACUGCCACCAAAGGAGGAACUGCGACGCUUAUUAUUGAGGUUCCUACUCCUACCAGUACUAUUACGAGCACUUGGACAGGAAGUGAUACUCAAUCAACUACUAUCACUGCCACCAAAGGAGGAACUGCGACGCUUAUU